UUGCAUGUACUUGAUGAUCUUCAAACAAUUCGACAGCGAAUUGUUGCUGUCAGUCGUCGAAAUACUGCGCCCACCCCUAGUACUAAUGUCACUCUUUCUACAACAACAAUUGCAACGUCAUCAACAGAACAUUCCACUGGAUUUACAACGCCAUCGACAAUUCCCACAACUGAUCCGAGCUUAGAAACAACUUUUUCGAGAAGCUCCACUGAACCACCUAAGACUUCAACGUCAACGACUAACGAAGCUUCGACAGCUACUAAAGAAACAACUACCACUACAUCUUCAAUAACAAGUGCAAUCAACAGCACUUCCUCAAGCACAUCACCCCUCACUAACUCUGGUAAUAAUAUCAUCAUUGCUCUAUCUCUGGGACCCUCUAUGUCCGAAAACGAUUUAUCAAACUUAAAAACGUACUUGAAACAAACAGCAGCCGAAUGUGCAAACGAUGAGCGUCAAGUAGCCAUUCAAUUGAACAACCAAAAUAGGACUGUCUUCUGCUCAAAUCCUUCCUGCGUUCAAUCUGAAAUCUCACAAAUUUCCAUUAACCAAAUCCGAGAAUUUACGAAUGAUGAUACUGUUGAUGAACUGCAAUCUGUUCUAUCUUUGCUUAAUCCAGAUUCAGUUGAAAUACUUCCGUCACUAUUUCUUCUGACAGACUUCGUGUCCAAAGAUUUGGUAGAAAAAUAUGAAGAUAUGAUAACAUUCCGACAGAAACUCGGUUCUGUUGAUUUCCAGGUCAUACUCAUCAAUAGAAUUGACAGUAUAAACAUCUCAAGCUCAUUUCCUAAAAAGAAUUUGCACACAUUAGCAUCUUAUACGGACCUUUUGAAAAGCAAAAACUUCUUCUGCUCCAUAGAAUAUCAUUUCCAUUUAUCACCCAUUGAAAUUGCCGGAAUCGCCGUAGGAGUAGCUGUAACUAUACUAAUUAUAAUAUUUAUAAUCUAUAAGUUUUGGGAUUAUGUAAAGCAUCUGCAAUGGCAGAACAAGUUUUUGCGAUUAGAGCAGACUUCAAAAAAGGAAAAUGAUUAUCUGGGCCGAAAACGGAAAUCAGGAACUAUACUAACUAUACAAAGUAUAAUAUGUACAUUGGAUGAUCCAUGGGAAAUGAGUCGACAUCAAAUUUCUUUAGGAACAGAAGUUGGUCGAGGCGCGUGUGGAACAGUUUAUAGAGGUUCCUUAUUGGGUAGAGCUCCGUGUGAAUAUAUUCAUAAAGGAAGCUUCUUUGCCUAUCAAUUUGAAAAUAACACUGUUGCUGUUAAAGUUCAAUCAACAGCUACAGAUGAUAGAUUCCGAAAGCAAUUAUUGAAUGAGAUCGAGAUAAUGAAAGCUCUCAAUCCCCAUCAAAACAUAGCUAAUAUACUUGGUUAUGUGUCUGCCUGUAAUCCCAUCUGUAUUGUCAUGGAAUAUGCUGAUGGCGGAAGUCUAAAACAGUUUAUGAUGGGACGCAAGAUCGAGCUCUAUCUCACGGCAUCAGAUGUUGAAGCGAAAGUCACAUGCCGGAAAGAUGUUCUGUCAUUUUUAUGGCAAAUAUGCGAUGGAAUGAGUUAUAUCACCGAGAGUGGUGUUAUACAUCGAGAUUUGGCGGCACGAAACAUAUUGCUCCAGGGAAAACGAAACGUCCUCAUCUCAGACUUUGGUUUAGCAAUUUGGAAAGAUGAUAACAAAAAGAAUAACAUGUCCAAACGACUUCCUAUCAAAUGGACAGCCCCUGAAGCACUUGCCCAUGAGCAGUUUUCUGAGUCAAGUGAUGUAUGGUCAUUUGGUGUGUGUGCAUGGGAAAUUUUAUCAUCUGGAGAUGAUCCGUACAGUCAUAUACCUAAUACUGAAGUUCUUCCACACAUCAAAGCUGAUAAACGAUUGGAGCGACCUGUGGCAUGUGAUGACCAACUUUGGUCUCUUCUACUUGAAUGUUGGAAAAUGGAUGCAUCUCAACGUCCAACCUUUCCAUCCAUUAAACAAUCACUUACAGCUCAGCUGGAUGAGCUUUGUCAACACUACGGAUAUCUUGAUCUCUCUAAAACUGCUUCUUAA